UGAAAACUCAUAAUCGUCUGGAGAACUAGUGUCAAAGAAAAUCGGACUGCGUGCCGAUUUCUCCGAACGAUUCUCAGAUGAGUACUAAAUCUGAAUCGGAGUUCUCGUGUUCCUAGAUCUGCCUGCCAUGGAUGUGCUUUGCGAGUAUCCGAGUACCUACUUUUUAUCAGUCAGUAAACGUAUAGCUUUAACAUUCAUAGACAUUCAGUCGGCAUUUUACUGUGAUCAGAAUCCUUGACUGAAACUGCUUGUCGACCCAACGACUGCCCCCAAUUGCCGUUCAAUUUUGUGAGCGAUUUGCAAAAGGCCUUGAUCAUGGACGCCGACGGCGAGACACCCGGUCCCUCCCUGCGCUGGAAGAAGAAGCUGGAGGCGGCCCUGCAGGGCAGCGGCGGGAGUACGACGCGCUCGGACCUGUCCAUCCCACACAAUGGCAGCUACUCCGGCCUCCAGGCGGCCCCCACCAAGACCCCCGGCAAGAGCAGCGGGAGCGCUCGGAAGAGCAAGAAGUCGACGAAGACGCCAGACGGUGGCGAUCGCUUUAUACCGAAUCGCACGGCCACCAACUUUGAGCUGGCUCACUUUCUGAUGAACCAAGAGUCGGGCGACAAAUCUGAUGAGAACAGCAAGGGAAGCAGCAAAAAGGCAACGCUACAGAAGCUCAUCUCGCAGGUGGCCCAAGUGCCCGACAGCAGCAAGGCUCGCCGCGUCUUGUGCUACCAGAACAGGGCGGCAGCCGGCGCAGACCAACUCCACGCGAAUCCUCCGAGCUCCAAAUCGAUCCAGUGCGGCUCUCGCUACAUACAAACCACUCCGGAACUCAUCCUGGAUGCGCCACUCUUCAUCAACGACUUCUACCUGAAUUUGUUGGACUGGAGUGGCGACAACAUUGUGGCCAUUGGCCUGGGCCACUUUGUGUACUUGUGGUACGCAGCCGGCGGCGCCGUGAAGAGGCUGACCGCAUUUGCGAUGGGCGACUACGCUAGCUCGGUCGCCUGGUCACAGGAGGGCCAGAUCUUGGCCAUUGGCCACAGCAGCGGCGUGGUUGAGCUCUGGGACUGCUCGGUGGAGAGGCGUCUGCGCGUCAUGCGCGGACACAGGGAUCGCGUCGGCUGCUUGGCCUGGAACUCCUUCCUGGUUUCAUCUGGCAGCCGCGAUGGAACCAUUAUCCAUCACGAUGUGCGCUCGCGGGACCACAAGAUCUCCUCCUUGGCCGGCCAUUCGCAAGGGGUAUGCGGGCUGAAGUGGUCAACGGAUUUCAAGUACCUGGCCAGCGGCGGCAACGACAACCUGGUGAAUGUCUGGUCGCUGGCCGGCAGCGGCGUGGGCACGGCCACCGAGGCCCUCCACAAGUUCAGCGAGCACCAGGGGGCCGUGCGCGCCCUGGCGUGGUGCCCCUGGCAGGCCAGUACUCUGGCAACUGGCGGCGGCACUGCCGAUCGCUGCAUCAAGCUCUGGAGCGUCAGCGAUGGCUCGCUGAUCAAGUCGUUCGAUUCGAAGUCGCAGGUCUGCGCCCUGCUCUUCUCCGGACACUACAAGGAGCUGAUCUCGGCCCACGGCUUUGCCGAUAACCAGUUGACCAUCUGGAAGUAUCCCAUGAUGGCGAAGCAGGCUGAUCUGACGGGACACUCGGCGCCGGUCCUGCAAAUGGCCAUGUCCCCCGACGGCAGAACUGUGAUCAGUGCCGGUGCGGAUGAGACAGUGCGCUUUUGGCCCUGCUUUGCCCCGGACCCACUGGCAGCCAAGAAGCCCUCGGACAGUGGCAGCUGCAGGGCCAAGCAAAGCCUCUUCGGGCAGAGCAUUCGCUAGAGCUGCACGUUGUCCAGCACUAGCCAACACCGUUAUAUCAUUGUAGUAGUUCCCUUCUUGUUUGCGAUUUGAGUUAAUAGUUACAAUAUUUGUCCUAUGUUCCAGGACUAGAAAUUUGUUUAUGUUAAAUUCAAUUAAAUUCAAUUAAAUGCGU